UUUGUGCAGAUGAACAAUGCUCGUGAUGACAGGCUGGAUCGGUAAGCACCUGCGAGGACAAGAAUAGAAGAAUGGGGGAAAGCGAUGCGAAUUGAGGGGCAAACAGCAGGAAUCGGUCAGGAGAGCGUCGGGAUUCGGUCGGCGAUCGACGGCAGCCAGUUGGAGAGUCAUCAGUCGGUCAGUCCGUCCGGCGCAGGUAGGAUUGGAAAAACGCUGCAAAUAGCAGAGAAUUGUAACCCCACACACCACCAACGCCAUCAAUCGUUCAAGGAAUCAAUCAUCGAACUAAGAGUAUGCGUCCCAUCCCUCCGCCCUCCCGCUCGGCUAGGAACUUGGUCAUUUGAUGCGGUCGGAAGGGCUGAGCGGCCCAAACAUUGUUCCAGCUGGAGCAUGUUUGUGAUAUCAGUGGUGAUCGGUUCGUGUCGCUGCUAUAGAGUAGGGUUGAAUGAUUUCAACGACAAAGCUUGCACAAAUCGAUCAGAUCGGCUGUCACUGUCGUGUUUGGAAAGUAGUCGCCAUGGGUCAUCUUCGCUCGCAGCCAGCCGAAUAGGUAUCAUGUGAAGAAUGCGCCCUUGCGCGAUCGAGACAUGCGUU